GCCCCGCCGCGGGAGGCCCCGCCGCCGGCCCUUGGACCCGGGUGCCGCGCCGAGCCCGGGCAUGGCGGCGCCGGGGCAGAACCUGGCCGUGGUGGUGCACCGAGCCGGGGACCUGCGCCUGGAAAACCGUCCAAUCCCGGAACCGGGUCCCAAUGAGGUCCUCCUGCGGAUGCAUUCCGUUGGGAUCUGUGGGUCUGACGUUCACUACUGGCAGCAUGGUCGAAUCGGGGAUUUUGUUGUGAAGGACCCCAUGGUGUUGGGGCAUGAAGCUUCUGGGACUGUCAUCAAAGUGGGAUCAGGGGUGACCCAUCUGAAACCAGGUGAUCGAGUGGCCAUCGAGCCUGGCGUCCCAAGAGAAAUGGAUGAGUUCUGUAAAACUGGCCGCUAUAACCUGUCUCCAACCAUCUUCUUCUGCGCGACGCCUCCUGAUAAUGGGAACUUGUGCCGCUACUACAAGCACAGUGCCAGCUACUGCUACAAGCUUCCAGAUAAUGUCACCUUUGAAGAAGGAGCCCUUAUUGAGCCUCUUUCCGUGGGAAUCCAUGCCUGCAAAAGAGCGGGAGUCACUCUGGGAAGUAAAGUCUUCGUGUCUGGCUCUGGACCAAUUGGCCUUGUUAAUGUGCUUGUUGCUAAGAUGAUGGGUGCAGCGGCUGUGGUGAUUACAGAUCUGUCUGCCUCUCGCCUGCAAAAAGCCAAGGAGAUGGGGGCAGAUUUCACCAUUCAGGUGAAGAAUGAGACCCCGCAGGAGGUGGCCUCCAAAGUGGAAAGUCUGCUUGGCUGCAUGCCCGAGAUAACGGUGGAGUGUACAGGAGUGCAAGCCUGCAUCCAGGCUGGCAUCUAUGCCACUCGUUCUGGUGGGACCUUGGUGCUGGUGGGGCUGGGACCUGAUAUGGUCACUGUGCCCAUCGUGAACGCUGCCGUGCGGGAGGUGGAUAUCCGGGGGAUAUUCCGCUACUGCAACACGUGGCCGGUGGCAAUUGCUCUGCUCGCAUCCAAGCGGAUCAACGUCAAGCCCUUGGUCACGCACCGCUUCCCCCUGGAAAAGGCUCUGGAGGCAUUCGAGACCACCAAGAGGGGCGAGGGGGUCAAAGUCAUGCUGAAGUGUGACCCCACUGACCACAACCCCUGAGAUGUGGCGGUGCCUGGCCCUCUCCCCCAUUACACCGCCUGCCUGAGAUGCAAAGCAUGAGGCCACAGGAGGCUGAUGUACAGCUGUUGCAUGUCUCCACGGUCACCUUAUGCAGGCGCUGCUUGAAAAUCAAAUGAUAAUGAGGGUGAAUGGCACUGAGGGAUACACCGUUAGAGUAUUAACAGGUAUUAGCCACAAAUAGAGAACCAAUAGGGAAUAGUUUGAAUCAAAACGUCGCCGUUUGUUUGGUUCGAGAUAAUGGUUCACACAGUUGGCUCUUCUCUGGCUGGCCCCUCGUGCAGAAGCGCCCGGGUGUCUCCGCGCGUCCCAGGCAGAGCCUCCUGCGUGGAGGAGGGUGUCCCUGGCUGCGCGGGUGAAGCAAGGACAGGGAUGCCGACACUCCACCUUCCCACCCCAGCACUGCCCGGGGCUGUGCUUGCCGCAGCUCUUCCCUGCUGGCAGUCCCUGGGUGAGGGAUAACCCUGUGAAUGCUCUGCCCCCCUCCCUCGGGGACGCUCAGGGACUGCAGCAGCCUGUGGCACAAAGCCUGGCCAGCCCGCCUCUGCCAGAAGCAUCUGCACAUUCAGGUCGUUCUCUUCCUGCUCUUUGCAAAUAACAAACUGCAGGCCCAGAACUCGGAGCUCGGGGCUUUUUUGAAGCAGGUAGUCUGGAGGCCAGCUGGGCCCCUAUCUGCUCUGUCAUCACCCCCCAGCAGCUCCCCGGGGGCAGAAGGACCACUGCAGAGCAGGCUGCAGUGUGUCUGCAGGGAAACUGCCCUGUCCCUGUCUGGCUCCCGGGUUGGGGCUGCUGUUGAGGGGGCACAGCUCGCUUUUAGCACGGGCGGGAGCACGGGUGAGAAGUGAGGGGACAGCAUCACUCAAAGGUUUUGCCACUGCAAGCGAAUCCUAACUUUGGGGGGAUUCGGGGCCUUCCUGCUGAGUUUGUGAGCCAUGAAUGAGGUACUAAUGAGGUAGCAGGUUGCAGAUAACAAAAUCUAACGUUCGAUUACAGUUGUGUUAAUUUUAGUACUGAGAGAUCAGCCCUUUUUGAGCCGGUACUGAACUUUCCUCAUUAAAUGUUACCUCCCUGA